AUGAGAAAUCACACAGAAAUAACAACUUUCAUAUUGCUGGGGCUGACAGAUGACCCACAAAUACAGGCUCUGGUUUUUACCUUUCUAUUUCUCACUUACAUUUGGAGCAUAAUUGGGAACCUGACUAUAAUUACCCUCACACUGGUGGAUCUCCAUCUUAAAACCCCUAUGUACUUUUUCCUGAGAAAUUUUUCUUUCUUAGAAAUUUUAUUUACCUCUGUCUGUAUUCCUAGGUUCCUAUACAGUUUAUCAACUGGGGACAAUACUAUCACGUAUAUUGCUUGUAUAUGUCAAAUGUUCUUUUUUAUCCUCUUUGGAGCAGUAGAAUUUUUUCUCCUGGCAGCCAUGUCCUAUGAUCGUUAUGUGGCCAUCUGUAAACCUCUUCACUACAUGACCAUCAUGAACACUAGAGUGUGUAUCUUAUUAGUCCUCUCUUGUUGGGGAUGUGUCUUGGUGAUUACAGUCCCACCCCUUGGUUUGAUCCUCAAGCUAGAAUUCUGUGAUUCAAAUGCCAUUGAUCAUUUUAGCUGUGAUGCAAGUCCCUUCCUAAAGAUCUCAUGUUCAGAUACAUGGGUGAUAGAGCAGAUAGUUAUACUUGGAGCAGUACUUGUACUGCUUAUGACCCUAGUCUGUGUGAUUCUGUCCUACACACAGAUCAUCAGGACAGUUCUGAGAUUUCCCUCUGUACAGCAAAGGAAAAAGGCCUUUUCCACUUGCUCAUCCCACAUGAUUGUGGUUUCGAUAGCCUAUGGAAGCUGCAUCUUCAUCUAUCUCAAGCCAUCAGCAAAGGAGGAGGUGGCCAUAAACAAAGGAGUUUCUAUUCUUUCAACUUCUGUUGCACCCUUGUUAAGUCCCUUCAUUUACACCUUGAGGAACAAGCAAGUGAAACAAGCAUUCAAUGACAUUAUGAAAAGGAUUAAAUUUCUCUCCCAAAAAUCUGAAUGA